AUGGGCUCAACCCAGACCGAUCCUCCCAGUGCGGGCCCGCGUAAGGUCAUUGUCGCGGGUGCCCAGUUGGGCCCCGUUCAUGUCUACACUCCUCUAUCAGAGACGAUAGAACGCAUGAUCAAGUUAAUGGACGAUGGCCACCAGAAACAGGCCAAGCUGAUUGUGUACCCUGAAAUCGCCCCGGUGACAUUCUUUCCCCGUCAUAUCUUGGAAGGAGAUGAGCUGGAGCAAUAUUUUGACCGUGAGGUCGAUGGCGACCCGGCCAAGUCUCCCAACCUAAAGCCGUUAUUUGACAGGGCGAGAGAAUACAAAAUGGACAUGUAUCUGGGCUAUGCUGAAUGUACGGGCGACGACCAUGUCCACUAUAACACCGCCGUAUACUAUUCAGGACAGGUCGACCGGGUCAUUUCCAAGUACCGCAAGGUACACUUACCCGGCACGUUCGAGCCAUAUGCCAGCAAGGACGCCACCAACCAGUUGGAGAAGAGAUACUUCAAGCCAGGCAACCUGGGUUUCCAGGCAUUCCGUGCUCCCGACCUGAUACCUGGUGCUGUCACCCAGAAGUCGGGCACCAAACCCAACGAGCCGGACACUCUGGGGAAGGGAGACCCGAUUAUGGGAAUGCUCAUCUGCAAUGACCGCCGCUGGCCGGAGGCCUGGCGAGAAUAUGGGCUGCAGGGAGUGGAAGUGGUAUUAUGUGGAUACAACACCACGGCUUGGUCGCCAGACCUGCUUGGGACGAGCGAGAAGAUCUCAACCAGAGAAAAGGCCAAAGAAGAGGCCCUGUUUCACAACAAGCUGUGCGUCGCAUACAACAGCUAUGCCAACGCCUGUUUCAGCAUCAAUGUGGCCAAAUGCGGGGUCGAGGAUGGGAAAUAUCCGUUGAUCGGAGGCAGCUGUAUCGUCGACUGCGAUGGAGCGGUGGUGGUAGAGGCAUCUACGGAAGAGGAUGAGUUGAUCGUGGCCGAGAUUGAUCUAGCCAUGUGUCGCCGAGGCAAGGAGAAGGUGUUUGCCUUUGAGAGGCACCGUCGGAUAGAGCAUUACGGACGGAUUGCGACGCAGACGGGCGUGGUUGAGCCCGAGUUUUUGUAG